AUGGCGCAAGAUCCGCGAGCCCUUCUACAAAAGGCCGACAAGCAGCUGUCCAGCGCAGGGGGUGGCUUUAGCUUUUUUGGCGGCAGGGAAGAGAAGUACCAAGAUGCGGCGGAUUUAUACAUGCAGGCCGCCAACGCCUUCAAGAUGCAGAAGCAGAACCUCGAAGCCGGUCAAGCUUUCGAAAAAGCCGCGAAUAUUCAGACCAACAACCUGAAAGAACCCGACGAUGCCGCCAACACCCUCGUGGACGCCUUCAAGGCCUACCGCCAGGCCGAUCCUCAGGCUGCUGUCCGAUGUCUCGAGGUUGCCAUUAACCAGUACUGCACCAGGGGAAACUUCCGCCGCGCAGCCGGUCACAAGGAGUCCCUGGGCGAACUGUACGAGUCCGAACUAGGAGACUCGAAGAAGGCCAUCGAGUGCUACGAAGCCGCUGCGGUGUGGUACGAGGGUGACAAUGCUACUGCCCUAGCCAAUAAGCUCCACUUGAAAGUCGCCGACACGGCCGGCCUAGACGGGGACUACUACAAGGCCAUCGAGGCGUUCGAGCGCGUGGCCGCAGCAUCUGUCAACAACAACUUGAUGAAAUACUCGGUGAAGGACUACUUCCUCAAGGCGGGCAUCUGCCACCUCGCCACGGGCGACGCAGUCGCCACCCGCCGCGCCCUGGACAAGUACACCGACCUCGACCCUUCGUUUGCGGGCCAGCGCGAGUGCAUGCUCCUCAACGACCUCCUCGCCGCCGUCGAAAAGGCCGACCAGGAGGAGUUCACCGACAAGCUAUUCCAAUACGACCAGAUCUCCAAGCUCGACAAGUGGAAGACGACCCUCUUGCUCCGGGUCAAGAACACCAUCGAGGAGCCCGAAGACGAGUUUGCUUGA